GAUCUCUGUAUUCCUCCCACAUUUCUCUGCGUCGUGUCUUGUCUCCCGGUCUGCAAUAAAGAUCCAAAAGGAACGCUUCAGCAGGAGAUGUCUCUCCAAAGGGGAAUCUUCAAACAUUUCUCGGGGUUACCUGAGAGGAUUCUGAGAAGUCUCUCCUGGGGAGAAGCUCAUGGGUGAAGCUCUAGGUCUAGCUUCCUUUCUUCCUUUCUCGAGUGGUAGUCGACAAAAAUAGAAAGUCAGGGCGACCCAUGAACUGAAAAGGAAAGAGUCUGUACAAGAAAGAUGAAGCUUUUGCGGCCUUGAGACAGAGCACUAAGGAAGAGAAGAAGUAAACGAAGGAGAAGCCCACGAAGAGAAGAGAGAUGCCAACAGUGUGGUUUGCUCUCAAGAAGUCCCUACACUGCAAAUCAGAGCCAUCAGAUGUCCACCACCCGAAAACAAGGAAGGAGCUGACCACGAUCUUGACCAAAAAGACGGGGCGGUCAGGUUGCUCGAGGUCCAUCGCCAACCUCAAGGACGUCAUCCAUGGGAGCAAGAGGCACACGGCCGAGAAGCCGCCGAGCUGCAGCCCGAGAUCCAUCGGGAGCAGCGAGUUCUUGAACCCCCUAACCCACGAAGUCAUCCUCAGCAACACCAAAUGCGAGCUCAAGAUCACCGGCUUCGGCAACGGGUUCCAAGAUUCCGGCGCCGGCGUAGGGGGCGAUGGCGGUGGUGGCGGCGGCGGGGGGUCGACCUUUGUAGGGACUCUGACGCCGGGGACGCCCAUGCAUUACUUCAAUCCUUCGUUUAGGACAACCUCAGCAAACGGGGCAACUCCGAGGAAGGGGGGUUUUGUUUUGGGCGAGAGACAAGGGUCUGGUGGCCUCGGUGGCCGAGGCGGCGGCGUCGUCGGCGGCGUCCGUACUAGCAGUAGAGUGUCGCUGGAUGCUGACGCUAAUGGGAUCUCCACCAUAACUUGCCACAAGUGUGGAGAGCAGUUCACCAAAUGGGAUGCUGCCGAGGCACAUCAUCUCUCCAAGCAUGCUGUGACUGAACUAGUGGAAGGGGACUCGUCCAGGAAGAUUGUGGAGAUCAUAUGCCGAACCGGGUGGCUGAAAUCGGAGAACCAAGGCGGCAACCGGAUCGAGCGGGUCCUCAAGGUCCACAACAUGCAGAAGACCCUGGCUCGGUUCGAGGAGUACCGCGAGACGGUCAAGGUCAAGGCCGGCAAGCUCCCGAAGAAGCACCCGCGGUGCCUCGCCGACGGGAACGAACUGCUUCGCUUCUACGGUACGACCCUGGCCUGCCCGCUGGGGCUGGACGGCUCGUCGAGCCUGUGCACGUCCGACCAGUGCUGCGUGUGCAGGAUCGUGCGGCACGGCUUCUCGGCAAAGAAGGAAUCGAAGGGAGGGAUCGGGGUGUUCACAACGUCCACCAGUGGCAGAGCAUUCGAGAGCAUCGACGCGGUCGAGGACGACCCGACCGUGAGGAAGGCGUUGAUAGUGUGCAGAGUGAUUGCAGGGAGGGUUCACAGGCCAUUGGAGAACAUCCAGGAAAUGGCCGGUCAGACGGGGUUCGACUCCUUAGCCGGUAAGGUGGGUCUGUAUUCACACAUUGAGGAGCUCUACUUGCUCAAUCCUAGAGCUCUGCUUCCUUGUUUUGUGGUGAUCUGCAAACCCUGAAGGAUGAACGUAAAGAAAACGGAAGAGAGAGCAUGACGAGCAAUUUGGGCUAAAGUGGUUUCUUGGGUUGAAUUCUUUUGUUUUUCACUUCGGGCUUUUGAUAGAUCUCGUGGGGUUCCUGGCAAAAUUAUUCUUUUUUGGCUUCACAUCCUCCUCUUGAUGAUGAAUAUAAUAUAUCUUUGACUCGAUCCUUCUGCAA